AUGUCAGAAGAAAGGAAAGUUUUGACAGAGAACGACUUAGAAAAAUUACGGGCUCGUUUUAAAAGAAGACAAAACAAAUUUGCAGCCAUAACUACUGCUCCAUUGCCACGUGAUGCCUACGACGAAGAAACAUUCGAAAAGGUCGAUGUGGAAAUCAAUCCAAUAAUCGCCGAGACAAAUAAAGGGUCUUAUUUUCGAGAAAAGAAAAUUGUUGCCGAAAAUUGGUUUCUAAAAACAAAUCGCUUAAUGAAUUGUAUUAUAAAGUCGAGUGUUUUAUGUACUGAAGUAAACGAAGCAUUACCACGGAAAAGGUUACUGACAAACAAGUAUUCCACAAAUAUACUACCAGUUUCUUAA